UGUCGCACCAGCGCCCGUUGCCACCGUGAACGGCCUCUGCAACACGAGGCCAGAUCCUCCUCGCCUAAUUGACUUUACGCGAUAGCGCCGUGCGGCGAGCGGGGUGCGGUAGACACCGUCACCCGGCGUCGGCCUCGUUUAACUAACCCUCUCAUCUGUCGCCGGCCUCAAUUGUGCCCUUAUAUAUCCUGUCCUCCCGUGUGACUCCCGGCGCCUUGAUUCCAGCAUUCCUCUCCGUUCCUCGUGCCCGUCCUUGCAACACCAACCCCGCGCCACAAGCACCACCACCAGCAACGCCAACAACAAACCAAACCACCGCAACCAUGUUCAGCAAGACGGCGCUCCUCUCGCUGCUGCCGCUCACGUCGGCGCACUUCCUGCUCAACUACCCCGAAGCGCGCGGCUUCAAGGACGAGUCGGCGGCCAACUUCCCAUGCGGCGGCUUCGACAGCCCCUCGUCGAACCGUACCGAGGUCCCGCUCGAGAACUUCCCCAUCCAGCUCGACAUGCACCACACGGGCGCCAACGUGCAGGUGCUCCUCGGCGUGGGCAACAACCCCGGCAGCGCGUACAACACGAUUCUGCGCGACACGUUCGCCGAGCGCGGCCCCAACAACUUCUGCAUUGGCGGCGUGUCCAUCCCCAGUAGCGUCAACCUGACCGAGGGCAUGAACGCUACUAUUCAGGUUGUUACCAACGGUGACCCGUCCGGUGGUCUGUACCAGUGCGCCGACAUCACCAUCACCUCCAAGUCCCUCAGCACCGAAGACUACAACGCCCACUGCAAGAACAGCACGGGCGUGACGACGCAGGCCGGCUCCGGCAACAUGAACGCCAACCAGACCAAGUCGGGCAGCAGCAGUUCCAGCUCCUCGAGCAGCAGCUCGAGCGCCUCGGCCUCGUCGUCCGCGAACGCCGCUGCUGUCGCGCAGGCCGGCUUCAUGGGCACGGCCGUCGGCGUCGUUGGCGCCAUUGUCGGUGCCGCGGCCCUGCUGUAAGCGCGUUUUUGGACGCUUGCUUGCACGCUGUGUGCUGUGAUGGAUGGAUGGGUUGAAGGCUUGUCUGCUACAUGCACGAAGAGAAACAGGAUUGAAGAAGGAAACAGGGCAUGGCACGGCGCCAGCCCGACAGAAGAGGACGAAAUACCCUCAGCGGCGACCCGGCGACAGCAGUGGUGGAAGAGGUGGCCGGGUUGGUCCGCUUAACGUUGCUUUGCUUUAUUUGCUGCAUUACGCCAUUGUUAAAAAACGACCAGGCUUGUGCUGUGUUGCGCGCAGUGCGCGCGCGUGGGCCUUGAUGAGAUAGAUAUUUUAAAACAGUUACUAUAUUACUACAUCCUACAUCUUGCUCCUAGCUUGCAUAAAAGACGGC